AUGAGUCUCGAUUCGACCUCAUCUAAAAAGUUUAAUUUGGAGAAGGCAUCGAAUUUUAUGCGUCAGUUUCGGGAUCCUGACUCUAGGGAAUUAAAGAAAUUGUCUGCCAAUCAGUUCAUGGAGAUCUGGAGUCACUAUGACAAAGACGGCAACGGGUACAUCGAAGGUACGGAGCUGGACGGCUUCUUGAGAGAGUUCGUCUCUAGCGCUAAUUUUACCGACAUCAGUCCCGAUGUAAGUACAUAG